CUCACACCAUGACAUCAGCGCGGCGCGGCCCCGGGGGAGCGGGCGGGGGGCGGGAGCCGGCGCGGCGGUGGCGGAGCGGAGCGGCGGAACGGAGCAGAGCGGAGCGGAGCGCGGCACCGGGCAUGCUCCCGGAGCCCAAGUAUGACCGCUUCCGCGACGAGCCACUGACCGCCCCCAUGCCAUCGCCGGCCCCCGGGCCGUGCCCCGCGGCGGGCGAGGAGCCCGAGCCUGGUACCACCUUCUGCGCGCUGCUCCCGCGGAUGCCGCAGUGGAAGUUCCACGGCCCCGCUGGUUUCCUCGGCCGCGGACCUGCCGCCGCCUCAGCCAACCGAGACCUCUCCGGGUCAUCCCGGGUGGGAGGCACGGCGGGGACCGCCUCGGCGCUGGCCGCCGUGCUGGGCGCCUGCGAUCCGCUCUGCGCCGCGCCCUGCGCCGGUCCGGCGGGCGGGCGGCCGCGGGGGGCGGCGGCGGCGGCGGCGGGGCGGGCAGGGGCGGCCCGGGCGGGCGGGGACGAGUGGAGCCGCAAAGGCAGCUUCAUCCGCAAACCGGCGCAGGGCUGGCUGCACCCCGACGAGCGGGUGCUGGGGCCCGGCGUCUCCUACAUCGUCCGGUACAUGGGAUGCAUCGAGGUGCUGCGCUCCAUGAGGUCCCUUGACUUCAACACCCGGACGCAGGUCACCAGGGAAGCCAUCAACAGACUGUACGAGGCAGUGCCGGGAGUGAAGGGCAUCUGGAAGAAGAAGGCUCCCAACAAAGCUCUCUUCUCCAUCCUGGGCAAGAGCAACCUCCGCUUCGCUGGCAUGAGCAUUGCUGUCAACAUCUCCGUGGAUGGGCUCAACCUCAUGAUCCCCACCACGCGCCAGAUCAUUGCCAACCACCACAUGCAAUCCAUCUCCUUUGCUUCUGGCGGGGACACGGACACCACGGACUACGUCGCCUAUGUCGCCAAGGACCCCAUCAACCAGAGAGCCUGCCACAUCCUGGAGUGCUGUGAGGGGCUGGCCCAGAGUGUCAUCAGCACAGUGGGACAGGCCUUUGAGCUGCGCUUCAAGCAGUACCUGCACAGCCCUCCCAAGGUGGUGGUACCCCCGGACAGGGUACUGGGUGCGGAGGAGUCAGCCUGGGGGGAGGACGAAGAGGCAGCUGAGCAUGAUUACUACAACAGCAUCCCGGGCAAGGAGCCUCCCCCGGGGGGGCUGAUCGACUCCCGGCUCCGCCAUGGGGCAGUCCUGGGCCACAUCCGCACACAGCCUACCAGCUCCAGCCCCCCCAGCCAGGCUGGGCUUACAGCCAGGCGAGACCAGAGCAGCCAGCUGGGGCCACCCUGGGACUUGGAGAGCCAGGGCCAGGCCAACGAUGGGUACCUGCAGGCAGACAGUCAGUGCCUGGGGCCGCGGGACUACGAGGAGCACAUGUACGUGAACACACAGAGCCUGGACGCCUGGCAGCCCGAGCUGGCAGCUCGCGGGGUGCCCGAGGAGAGCCCCAAGAAAGACCUCUUUGAUAUGAGGCCGUUCGAGGAUGCCCUGAAGCUCCAUGAGUGCAUCGCGGGGGGCGGCGCCAGCCCCCGCAUUGAGGACCAGUGGCCAAGUCCCCCCACGCGCAAGGCCCCCAUUGCCCCCACGGAGGAGCAGCUGCGGCGGGAGCCUUGGUACCACGGGAAGAUGAGCCGGAGGGACGCCGAGAGACUGCUCCAGAUGGAUGGGGACUUCCUGGUGCGGGACAGCCUCACCAACCCGGGGCAAUACGUGCUGACGGGCAUGCACAGUGGGCAGCCCAAGCACCUGCUGCUGGUGGAUCCCGAGGGCGUGGUGAGGACCAAGGACGUGCUGUUUGACAGCAUCAGCCACCUCAUCAGCCACCACCGGCAGAACGAGCAGCCCAUCGUGGCUGCGGAGAGCGAGCUGCACCUCCGCCAGAUUGUCCAGAGGAAGCAGUGAUGCCAGGGGGUACGUGAGCCCCCAGACCACUCCUCUGGCACCGGCACAGGACCUGCCCCAACCCUGGGACAAAACUCUCUGCAGUCUCCUUCUCCAGUUGUCCCUCGGGGGGGAAGCAAAGCCUGCCCACACUUCCCCUCCGGGGUCAGGUUCCCCAUCCCCCUCCCCUGUGGGGCUUCAUGGUCCCUGGCCCCAGAGGGUCCCCGCUCCACCGCUGCCUGCCCUCGCCUGUCCGCAGGGGCCCCUCGCCCAGCUGGGCGCCAGGACGUUCAUUCCACGCAUGCAGUGGGAGCAGGUGGGUGGCCUGGCCAAGAGGGACGGAGCUCAAACCUGGUUCGGGCAGUGCUGCCUGCUCUUGCCUGGGGCUGCCCCCGGGGCCAGCUCCAUCCCAGCACAAGGAACUGUUUUCCACAACGAUGGAGUAAAUGGGGCUGGGGUGAGGGGAGCCUCAUCCGAGGGCUCAGAAGGUGGGGUGGGGUAGGCAGGCUCGGUGUGUGCGUGUCCAUGUCCGUGUAGCCGUGUCCGUGUAUCCGUCUGCGUAUCCGUGUCCGUGUGUGCACAGGUCCGUGAGGGACAGCCUGGGACCCGCCCCUUGCCCUCGGAGCUGUUCCUCUCACUCAACGCUGCUGCUCAGGACCCAGUUCCCUGCCUCGCUCCCUCCAUCUCUGCCAGGACAUUUUAGGGGGGGAAUGCCCUUAUCCAUGGGGUUCCCCCACCUCCCCGGCUUGGCUCUGCCCGUGGGGCUGGGCACACCUGUCUCUUGGUGGGGUGUGCUGCUGGAUGUCCCUCUUGAUCCCACAUUUCCAGCAGGAUUCUCCCCAGGAGUGGCUGUCAUGUGAGGUUCUCAGCCUCUGUACCCCUCUCUCUGGGCCAGGAUGAAGCUGCACAGGGCAGGGGUGAGCUACCAGCAGUGGCUUAUAUGCUGAUGGGUGGAGAAGUGUCCCCUGACCCCUGGGGACCUACCCCCCCAGCCGUCUUGAGGCUUCAGCAGGUUUUUAUGGCACACUCAGCCCCUUCUCCAGUGUGUCUGGCACUCGGCAGGGGCUCGUGGUUUGGAAUACGUUUCUAAUUAAACCUGGAAAUGAGCAA